AUGCGACUUUUCGCAUCCACAUCGGUAUACAUUCUCUGCUCCGUGCAGAUAUGGUCGAUGGGGCAAGCAGUAGGGGCAGGAAGCUCAGCAGAGCACGUCACUGCAAGCACGGAUACGAGCACAUCCGCACUGCCUCGUCCCGCCAUUACACGUCUAGGCCGCAACGGAGGGGUGGUGCACAUUGCAAGCGAGGAUGCAUCACCCAUUCAUCCUUCGCACCUCAUCUCCGCCACAAAGCAUCUCGAACAGGAUGCGCACAUCAGGUACCGCAAGACAUCUGCCGCUGCUGACAACUCUUCGCGACCGCAACAGCAAGACCAUGGCCUGGAAGUGGUCAUGGACAAGCAGCGCGUGGGAGAUGUGGAAGGGCGUCAAGCGAUGGUAUUGAAAGCGGCGCAUCAUUACAAAAAACAUUUCUUCCCCAAUGCUACGCACAUGCGAGUGAGUCUCAGUGUGGAGCGCAUACGCUUUGCACAUUCACCCCCUCCAGCUGACGCAUGACGCGCGCGCGCGUUGGGGGGGGCUGCGGCGGAAUGGAAUGAUCUCGCUUGGCUUGCGCUUCGCAGUUCCCCACUCGGUUCAGAAGCACAGAGGAUGAACCAGUAUGGCACGGCGAGCCUCUGGUGUAUGAAGGCCUACGACCGGUGGAAGGAGCGGGCAUCACAUCCACAGGCAAAGCUUACAGCGGACACCACGUCUUUAUGUCACCCAGUACCAGCGACACGGGCCGCAUGAUGGCCAAGGAUAAUCGCCACUUUACCAUCAUGCGCUUCGACGCGGACGAGCACCAGCCGGGUCCCAAGGCCAAGAUCUACACGCCGCACUUUGUGGAUAGCAAAGUGCAGGGCUGGGAGGAGCAGGUGGGCGCAAAGGCGAUGCGCAAUGCUCAGAGACCUUCUAUUCAGCAUUUUGCCAAAUUGACCGCAACAGCGGCGAGCGGUAGGAUCUUGCCUGCUGGACUCGCCGAAGCGGCCAAGAUACCGAACGCGGACAGAGCGCACAAAUUGGAAGUGGGCGGUGCGCGCAUCACCUCCAAAGACUACUACGAUGUGACGGUGGACAGCUUGCAGGAUUAUGCGGCAAAGUAUCAUCCUGAAGCCAGGAGCGUUACGGUGAGUGCGGUUCGAUCGAGCGAGCGGAAUGAUACGUCGACUGCUGACACGAACAGGUUCGUCGCUCGUGCUCGUGCUCGUGCUCGUGCGCGUGCUGGCGCGUCGCAGCUGGUCAAAGGUCUGACCUCAAUGUCAAAAGACGAACCAAAGCCGCACUACAAGGUGAGCAUGUACGACGCAGAAAGGUACCCCAUCCCAGGCGGCGGCUUCACCAGCCAAGGCAAGGCCUUUUCAGGUCUGCAUCACGUCUUUCAAAAACCGGGCACGAGCUUCAAGAUCAAGAAUCUCAACGUCGUCGCCGUCGACCCCGGGCCAUUGGCCCAUGUUCGAUCCAGCAGGACCGACUUGGAUCAUCUCUUUCCCAACAAUGAUGCGAGCGACGAGUCGUUUGAACAUCAUCAAGCUUACGUUGGUCACGUGGUGAGGGGCAGAAUUCUCAAGGCUCCUUCGCACUCGCCCAUUCAGGAGCGAAAACGUCCAAAGCCCAAGAAGUCUACUCGACCCCACACGCCUUUCGAAUCGACAGCGCCGAAUGCGCCUGGCGAGCAGGUAGCUGCACCUCGUCAAGAAGUCCACCCUCAGAUUUUGCACUCCGGCGCUGCGUCGGCACAUAUGCAGGCGCAGGCUGGCGUGCCAUCGAAUUUCAACAGCAUGACGAGAGAGAGGCCGAACAAAUCUUCAGCUGCUCCCGCUGCAUGGCGACAGAUAGUAGGUGCGCCGAGCGAGCAAGAGAUUGCUGAAGCGCUCAAGGAGAAGCCGUCAAUCUUGGAGUCGAGCGUGGAGUAUGCGCACGAUUCCACUCUCUGGCAAUCCCACCCUCGUUUUCUCGGCUUGCACAGGGAUAGGGGAAGACCGCAUGUGGGCGUGCACAAGGAUGGAAAAUGGCAAAUUAAUCCACGCAAAAGACGAGGAAGACCUUCACGGGCGGAAAUGUUGAGGGCGCUAAAUGGCCCUUUUGGUGCUUCUUCAUCCUCUUCGCGAGCAACCUCACCAUCGCGCGACACCUUGCACGAUAGCUCUAGGUCUGGAAUGAGCACAUCGUCGGCAUCUUCAUCGGGAUCGGAUUCUCACCGGAGCAUGCUUGCACUCUCCAGCUCCAGCGAGCCUAGUCCCAAAGGACCAUCACCAUCAACAGUGCACGCCUCUUCUUCUGCAAGACCAUCUACCUCUGACGCUCUUGCCGCUCACGACUUGCACAACUUGCACCGCUCCUUUGGGCAACAGCAUGCGGCUGCAAACGCAAAUCCGAGCGAUCUGCCUCCUUUGCCAGAAGCUUUGCCUUCCAGCAACACCUUGUACGAGCACGAGCACGAACACGGUCACGGGUACGAUUACGAGCAUGGGUUCGAGCACCAGCACGAGCACGAGCACUUGCCGCACUGGCAUGCGUCUGUCCACCCGUCACAACAAACGUUGCCAUCCGGGCACACUUCGAUGCAUGAGCUGCACACCUUCUUUGGAGCCGAGCAUGCGCACGUGCAUUCUUUCCAGUCCAUCUUUGGCACGGAGCACGCGCACACGGAUUCGCUCCACAACAUCGCUACAUACACGAGUCAUGUGCAAGGCGAUCCGCCUCACUCGACCAUUGGCACGGAGCACGAGCGCAGUCAUUCGCAUCCUUCCAUCUUCAGCAUCGAGCCUGCACACAUGGCCUCUCCGCUGCACUCCUCUUUUGGCACACAGCAUGCGCACAAUAUCGCGCAUGCUGCCACAAGUUCGAAUCACGAGCAUGCGCAUCCCUACCUCGCGCACUCGCCCGCCUCUUCCGAUGCCUCGGCCUCUACAGAAGACUGGAUAUCGCGCGUGGUCAAGACGCCUCCGAGGAUGCACCUGCCGUAA